UGACGGCUGGAAGCGGCGUUUGGUGCGCAGCCCUCCCGGGUUCUGUGGCAGCCGGGCUGCAGCCCCCCGGUGCCGUCGAGCUGGAAGUGGAGGGGCAGUUGUACGAGCGGAGCCCGAAGCAGCAACAACAGCAGGAGCGGCGGCCGCCCGACCCCUCGCCGCCGCCGAUGGAGGCGAGCCUGACGUGCGCCGUGUGCCUGUCGCUGUUGGAGGAGCCGGUGACGCUGCCGCUGUGCUCGCACAACUUCUGCCGGGGCUGCGUGCUGGAGUGCCUAGCGUCGGCCGAGGCCGCCCGCCUGCAGCAGCUGCAGCGGAACCCGGGCCGGGCCCGUCUCGGCCGCGGGGCGCCGGGGCCGGGGCCGGGCCCCGGCCCGUCUUGCGCCCGUGUGCCUUGUCCUCUGUGCAGGAAGCUGUGCCUGCUGCCCCGCGGCGGCGUGGCCGCCCUGCCCGUCAACACCACCCUGGCCGAGGUGGUCAAGCUCUACCGGUCCGGCGCGGCGGGCGCCGCCACGGCCGGGGAGGCGGCGCUGGGGUCGAAGCCGGGAUCCGACCCGCUCUCCCUGCCGGCGUUCGGGGGAAGCUGCCAGAAACAUCCGAGCCGGCCGGUGCAGCUCUACUGCCGCAUGUGCCGGCAGGCGGGGUGCGGGCAGUGCGUCUCCGAGGAGCACCAGGGCAUCUUCCACUCUGUCAACCUCAUAGACACGGUGUACCAGGAAGAAAAAUUAACCUUCUUUAGCACUCUGAAACAAAUGAGGAUAAUGAAUGAGAAGCUGGUCAAUGAGAUCUCAAAACAACCGAAUGAUGCAGAUAUGACAUUGAAAAACGAUGUGGAGAUAAUUGAGCUAAAAUUUGGAGAAAUUUUCAAAACUCUAGAAGUGAAAAAACAGCAAUUACUAGAAGAUGCCGGAAAUCAAAGAAGUAAAAAAGAGAAGGAAUUUCAGAUUUGGAAGAAAAUGAAAGAAACGCACAAGAAGACCAUUGAUAAUUUUUUGAAGGAUUGUGAAAAGCUUGUCCAUGAAUGUGAUCCUCAGUGUUUCCUGGAGGUUGCCUGUGGCUUGAAUUCAAGAAUGAAAACUCAGCUUGAUGUGAUGAAUAUAGCAUCCAACUGGGAAAAACCACCAGUGUAUAUACCAAAGAAGAUAGAUAUCAAGUCUGUGGUUAAUGAAAUCUUAGCAUUGGAGUUAACACCUGUUGAUGCAGGCAUUGUUCAAGAGCUGCCUUAUGAAGGAAAUGAGAGCUCAACUCUAUUUAAAGAUACCUUAAAGCAAUGGCAGGACCAGAAGAAUAUACCCAACACAUUUCUUCCUGUAGCAGGACAGGAUGAAGCAGACGGUAGCAGGAUCCCUACUCGCUUUAUGUCAAUAUCAGAAAUGUCAGCAUUUCAAAAUAUGAGCCAUGAGGAGCUACGUUACAAAUACUAUAUGGAACUUCAGAAGCUCACCAAUGUGUUUAAGACUCAAAGUUUCCCUGCUAACAAAAAGUAUAAAUUUGUAACUGCUGAGGCCUUCAAGAAUAAGUCCUCAGGAACUUCUUUUGUAUCUUCACCUGCCAAAGCAAAUAAGACAGAUAAAAUAAAAAUGGGAGCCCUGCAAAGAGGAGGUGGCUUUGACAAAGGAAACUCUCCUGGAAGCAGUGCUCACAGCAUCCCAUCCACAAGUAAUGGUGGCUUAAAAUUAUUUCAUGAGGGAAGUGGCCAGGAAGUAUCUGGUGUAGCUUUGUCAGAAGCCUCUCCAGACUUGUUAAUUAAAGAAAAAUGGCCAAGACAGGCAUCAGCAGGUACUGAUUCAUCCAAGGAAAUGAAUGCAAAUUCUGGCACUUUAUUGGACUUACAACCAGCAGCAACAGUGGCUGUUACUGUUUCAGCUUCAGAAUCUGUAGAUGUUUCAGCAGAGAGACCUUCAGGUGUACCUUUUACUUUCAGUGCAUCUAACAACUCAUUACCAAGAUUUAGUAAAGACAGAGGUACAUUUUCCUUUAAAAAGCAAGACAAGAGAUGUACUUUCCCUCAGUUUUAUUUAGGGAAAUGUGAUAAGCUGGAUAAAACCAAUAACCAGGAUAAAUAUGGUCCUGAAGCCAAGAACAUAGUUUGUGAUGCUCCAACAAGUCCUAAUGUAGUCUCACCUGAAAGUGAGAAACCACACAUUUUGUUUCCCUUUGGCAAUUCAGAAAGAGAUUGGUUUGCAGGAUCGGAAGCUAGCAAUUCAUGUAAGGUGUUACCAUCAUCCUCAUUUUUCACCCAAUCUGAGAAGCCAUCUGACAAAACAUUAUCUCACAUGAAGGAAAAAACACCUUGUGCAAAGGAACCUGGAGGAUGUGGUACACAGAAACCAUCUGUCUUAAGGGAGCAAAAACCUCACACUUCAGAAUCCAGCACAACUGUAGCCUGUGGUACUUCAGACACCAACACUGGAGCUGGGGUGAAUGACGUCUCCAAGACCCCUCUUCUCACCAAUAAUUGUGUGUUUCCUUUCAAAAGUAACUUUCCAUUGCCUUCACCAGUAUUUUCAUUUGGAGGCAUUCUCAGAAAUACCUCUGAUUUGCUGACUUCUUCUGUGUUUUUUUCUGGAAACAGAACAGAAAAAAUUGAUAAGGAGAAGAUGAAAUCUGACAAAACACUUCUAAAUCUAGGAAAACCUGUAACUUCAGAGUGUGCAGAGCCUUCUUCUCUUCAGAGUCGUCCAAAAUGUGAAGGCUCAUGUUUGCCAGUGAACUCAUCUGAAAACACUGAAAGUGCAGAAAGGCUUGGUGAUGGUAGCACUCCGUGUCAACCUUUAUGUUCAGGAGUCCUUCCUGUUGAGUAUGAGAAUGCAUCCUCCACUCAACUCCCUGAAGCAACACAACAACAAAAAAUGGUAAAAGAUGAAGAAGCUGUUGCUGAAAACAACUGUUCGUGUCCUAGAAGGGAGGAUGAACCUGAGCCCGUACAGUGUCAGAGCACAGCUUGUUCUGUUCCUGGCACGUGCAAUGAUCCAUCUUUAGGAGGUUCUGUGCUUGCAGUAAGUGAGACAGGAGAAAUGCUAAGAGACAGCACUUCUGACACCUAAGAGCUAAGUCAAACAUCUGUCUCUACUGAUACCAGCCAUGCAUCGGAAUAUUUUUCUGUUGCUGAAGACAAAAUGUCACGUAGAACAAAAUCAGAUGUGAAGAGAGACUGAAAAGGAUAAUAAGCUGGAAUGAAAUAAAUGCUACUUAACACAUUAAAAGGUGGGCAUAGUUGUGAUUUUACAGCUGUUCUACCCACUUCUCACCAAUCAAGGUAUAUCUGUGUCAGAAACAUAGCUGCUUAUGAGCAGUACAAUGCAAUGAAGUGACUUUUAUAGUAUAGUCAUUAUCUCAAGAAACAACCAAAAAUGUCAUGUCCUGCUCAAGACCAAAGCAUAGCCAUAGAUGCUGCAUCUUCAAGAAUGCAAACCUUCUGGGGUGUGUUUGGGGGAUGGAGAGCUGAGGUGUCCCAGAGAGCGAGCUGGGGGAAGCCUCAGUGGCGGGAGGCAGUUAAUUGCUGUCUGUGUGCAGCACUUGCACUUCAAUGGGUAAGAGAACACCGAGAGCAUUCACCUCACUGGCAGGGAGGGAGGAGAGCCACAAAAAUAAAGGAUAUUGAAGGUGUUACUAAAAAUUGUUUUACUUAUCUCCCCUUGGCUGUUCCUUUUUCUGUGAUGUGUUUAAUGUAUGUUGAAGGUAUGAGUUCAAGUGUAAUUUCAAUAAUUUCUCUUGUGCUUUUGAAAUGGAAGCAUCAUAUCAGUGUUCUUGUUACACACUGCAGAAGGGUGUCAGCUACACUUCUGAAGUGCUUUCAGGAAAAAGAAACAUCACAAUUGAAUUUCAGCUCUUUUUGGCAACUGUUUGGGGAUACUUGGACAGAUUAACCUGCUGUUUUAUUGAAAGCUUUUGGAGAACCUAGCUUUUAAGCCACAAAAACUUUAUUUUGACAUCUGUGUGUAAUAAUAACAAAAAAAGGAAAACAGCACUUCUUACUAUAUAUUAAUGAUUUGGAAUUCAUGGAGUUUUUAGUCUGAAAAUCAGUACACAGUAAGGAUAAAAAGACCACCUUUUCUACUUUGCUGGCUAUCUUGCUGGAUCCAAGAGAUAACUGCUUUAGUUAUUGGAAUACACAGACAGAAGCACUGUUUCAGAAUAAAGGUCUAUUGUGUUUACUGUUCAUGCUUCAGCAAAAGCUGAUGCUAGGCUUUAAAGAAAUUAAUUGUGUAUUAGAUAGAUAUGUCAACUGGCAGUAUUAAAUCAAAAUGCAGAAUGUUUAAUAUUUCUUCAGAAGUUUUCACUGGCAACUAGAAAAAUCAAUAAUCUACAAAUUACCUCUGUAACUCUGUAAGAAAAAUAUUACUUAAAUUCAAAUCUCUGCAGUAUUUACUAAUAUACUUACUGUGACAUAAAGCUUAGAGAAACCAUUCUUCUUUCAGGAAAUUUUGACCUGAUUUCAUUUGUGUUCAGUUCUUGCCUCAGUUUUUCUGUGGUUGUGCAUUCCUUUAUUAAAUGUGCUGAAAAUUAUUAAAUGUUUCUGCUAUUUAUCGCAAUAAUACGACUUUUCUGGCUGCAUUACAAUAAGGAAGAUGGUGAAAAUUCUCUUUAUGGUUAGUCUUUUUGUUCUUGAUGUUCAUCUCUUAAAUCUUACUGUAUUUCAAUUUCUUCUAAGAUUUUUUUUCUGCUGUUAUCUCUAGACAUUCUUGUCAUGUUAUGCAUGUGUAAGAGAGAAAUGUUAACUCAAAUCACUGUAAGACAAAGGCUGAGCAAGAUGAUAAUGGCAGUGUCACAGGUGGCAGUUGGUCUCACUCUUAACAAAAGCAAGAGAACAGUUUUAGAGUCAGAUGAGGCACCUGUAAAAUUCAGUGCCAGAAAGUUGCAGAAAAUGUUUGUUUUCUUUUACACUGACAAAAAAAUUCCUAAUGAGCUAGGGUUAAUCAGAAACUAUAACAAGUUUCUGAAGCUUAACAUAUUUUCAACCUGUCUUCUGUUAAUUUCUGUUAUUUCAUAAGAGUUUGAUAAAGUCUAUCUUCCAUCCAGAUACUUUUUCUCUUAGUGAAAAGACACUCAUAAAGCAAAUACUACUAUAUACUACUUUGAAAGUAAAAGUUGUGGGUGUGGGGGUUUGCUCCAGUCCUGGGGCUGCUUUUCAGGCUUUGCUGACCAAGUGCCUUACAGUGCAGCAUUCAGGUUUUACAGGGCAGAUCUGAUUCACAUAGAAACAAACAAGGAUCCUUGCCCACUCCUUGGGCCGUACUGUGCUGACCCAGAAGGGAGCCCUUCCCCUGUUCCCUGAAAAUGCUGUGAGGUACAGAAUAACCUCUGGGUCUUGGGCUUGCCUCCUCCUGACUACUGUAAAAAUUAACCCUGUCCUGGAUGGAAGCAGGACAAUCAGUGAUCUUGGGUGAACCAGAACUAAUUCAAAGAAAUGGGAUUCAGAGUUGUCCCUAAUGCAUAUUUGGGUUUUUAUCCAUAGAGAAUAACUUACACCACUGUCUUGGUCAUCGUCAUAAAAUUCUGUGUAGCAGUGAGGACUGAUGUCAAAGCCUCACUUUCCUAGGUUAUCUAAACUUAGGUAUGUGUGUAUAUUUUUUUUCAGAUUAUAGGUAAACAAAAAGGCAGUGUUAAAGUGAAGAAUUUGUCUGAAAAUACUACUGGGAAAUUUGCCCUUGCUGGUAAAAAAACCCAAAAACAGACAAAGAAAUAUUAAAAAAAAAAAAAAAAAAAAAAAAAAAAACAGAAAAAACCCCAAAGGACCAAGGAAAUAGCAUAUUUUUCUAAACUCAGUAAUUUGUUUUACACAAUUCUGUAUCUUUCUGAUUCCUUAAUAUACAGGGGAUAAAAAUUAAGCAGUUCUACAUAUGGCUGAAAAAUUAUAUUCAUCAAGUUUUGUGGUAUUGUUAUGAAGUCCUCUAUGUAUUUCAGGUUUUGUAAACUAAAUCUGCAGGCCAGUUUGAAAGCUUUUUUAGUGGUUCAUGACUAUACUACUUGAUGAUUUAAUAGAAACCUUGGAAAGCAAUUAAAAUAGUUUAUUUUAUUAUAAUAGUUAAAGUACAUGCUUCACAAAUGAGCUGAAAGUUUCUAGUGCUGUCCUACUGAGGCUAAUCUCUCCAGCUGUCAGAAAUGUGAUGUUUGUUCAAUAUAUGUCUGAGAGCUGUAUUAACACAUAUGUCACUGCCUGGAUAAAAGGUGCAACUGAAAGAUAAAGUACAACUAUUUGGUUUUGUAACUAUUAAAAAAAAAUAAAAUUUAUUAAAAACAAUUGUUUAGUUGACAUUUAGAGCUGCUUAAAUGUCAAUAUUUAAAGGUUAACUUCCUAAAGCAAACUUUGCAUUAUUUUGUGGUUUUGGUUUAGUUAUUAUUUUAUUAUUGGUUAUUAGCUAAAGCUUUAUUCUGAAAUUGGAUUUGAUAACUCAGAUCUAGUAACUUUCUAACAUAAAAACUGAUGGUCUGUGUGGUAAGACUGUUAAGUACUGGUGCUUGGGUUAGUUUUCAUUCUUCAGGUAACAUAGUUCAGUUUCCCUUUAUAGUUUUCUUCCAGCUAUUUAAAUGACAGUAGAACAUUCUUAUUUGGAUCAUUGCAGUUCACUUAGACUUGCUUUGGUUUAAUAAAAACAAAGGAGCAUUGUUCCCUUUUAAGUUUCUUUAAAAGUGAAGUAUAUAUUGUAUUCUAAAAAAUUUAUUACACCCAAUAGAUUUAAUAAGCAGUGAAAAAUCCUUGAGUGCAUAGUAAGUGUGUUUAACCUGAAGAAAUAAAAAAAAAUCAUUCAUUUAACUUGAAGAAAGAAAAAAUCAAAUAGAUAUGCACUUGAACUGUUUCAUUGUUAAUAAACCCUGGUGUGUAGGUAGAGUAAGGAGGAGGAGAGUAUUUGAUAUGACCUCAAAUACUGAAACAGUAGUUCCCUGGGAUCACUGCAGAGAAGCUAUAAGCUUAAACUAAUAAUGCUGCAGAGGCUCAUGUUUCUAUAAUUAUAUUGAGCAUAUAAGACUCAUGAGUAGUAUUAGAAAAGAUAAUUUAUUAAUAUUAUAUUGAGAACAUGGUAUCAACUGUUUGAAUAACCUGUUGCAAAGCUGAAUUGGAACAGUGCAGACAAAUUUGCUGGCUAAAUUGAGCAGGAGAUUGUGUGAGCUUUCUAUCAAUGAUGAAGACCCUAUGUUUUGCAAAAAGGACCCCUAAUUACUGAAAAGUAACUUAAUAAACUCAGUUCCUAGUA